CAGUGAGCGUUCAGGUCGAGGCUGCCGCGGCGGGGACGACGGCGGAGAAUUAACCCAACCAACCAAACAAACACACAAACGGACUAACGGCUCAUUUAUCCUCCAUCUUCUCCCCCUCCUCCUCCUCCUCCUCCUCCUUCUUCUCCUUCUUCUUCUUCUCCUCCAGACCGGUCCGCCGCUUCCCGCUCCUGGCCUCACCGACGUCACCCAUGCAGCAGAGCAGACCCUGGACGGGACUCGCUCCAUGUGGUUUAUGUUGGGUAACGGGGUGAAGCGGAAACUGGACGAGGAUGAGGACGUUUUGGAGGAAGAGCGGCGUCCCCUGGCGGUCGGCGGCGUGUCCCAGGCGUCGUACACGCUGCAGCGUCAGACGGUCCUCAACGUGUCGCUCAUGAAGCUGUACGCUCCGCGGUUGGGCGCCGACCUCGGCCUGCAGCGCCGAGUCCUCAUCAACAACAUCAUCCGCCGCAUCCACGACGACUUCAGGCAGGAAGGAGGCGUCGGCGCUCUCUUCUUCUCCUCGGCGCCGCCCGUCGCUGCCGCGUCCUCCGCCGCCGCCUACGAGGACGAAGGCUUCCGGCAGGCUCCGCCUCCUCCCUCCUCCUUCAGCAUCCUGUCGUCGCCGCUGUCGGGACUCACGCCGCUGGACUCCUGCCUGACGCCCGCCUCGCUGCUGGAGGAGGAGGACCUGCCCAUGUUCUUCACCCUGCCGCCCUCCUCCUCCACCCAAAACCACUCCCCGAGGCCGCCGCCCUCGCCGUCGCCCAAAGACAGCUUCUCCUCGGCCCUGGAGGAGAUCGAGGAGCUCUGCCCCUCCUCUUCGUCUUCCUCCUCCUCCUCCUCCUCCUCGGGCCCGCCGUCACCUCCUCCCGCUCUGGUUCAGUUUGACGUCGUCAUGAAGGAGGAGGGGCGGGGCUUUCAGGAGGUGGAGAGCAGGUUGGAGAAACCUCCUCCUCCUCUUCUUCCUCUUCCUCCCUCCCCGUCCUCCCCGGGCUCCUUCCUGACGGACUUCGCCCUGGACGACGUCCUCUUCACAGACAUUGACACGUCCAUGUACGACCUCGGCCCCUGCCCGCCUCCGCCGGGAGCCCCGCCAUCCAAGAUGGCCCCCGUCGUGAUGGCGGACGACCUCGUGCGGUCGAUGUCGGGGUACGGAGCGGCGGGGGCGGCGCAGAACCAGCCUUUUAAAAUGGACCUGGCGGAGCUGGACCACAUCAUGGAGGUGCUGGUGGGCAGCUGAGAGGACCAGGAGACCUUUUUGUUUUAUAUAUAUAUAACUUUUUGUUAAUUUUGUACAGUUUUAAAGUCACGACGGGCUUCACGCUGGUUUUAUUCUGGAGGAAUCAAGCUGCUGCGUGUUGAGGUUCAACAUCGAUAAACCAUGAGGACAUUAGUUCACUUACAUCAGCCUCUCAUGGGGACUGUUUCAGAGAUGGCAGGAGGAAAGAAAUAAAGCUUCAACCUGUUUCUCCUCGUCACAAAGAGGAAACACGGUUUAACGGCCUGCUCGGUAUUCAGUUGUCAAGGCAACAGGUAGAAAGAAUAGCCUUAAAGAAACUCUGGUUCACUCACAGCAACGUUUAUUAAUGUGGACUUUCCACAACCAGACAUUAAAUGAAAUAACGUAUCCAUCUUGAUAGCAUCAAUGCUAGCACUUAUAUAAGAGCUUUCUGAGCUCCUCGUUCCCAGGAUGGUUCAUCGUUAGAAAAACAAGCGCUCCUUAACGGGACAGUAAAUCCACACAGUUUAUACAUCGACUCCUCUCAUAACCGUCUGCAAUCUGACAGAGGAGGUUCAAUAAACUGCAUAGUUUAAUAUAGAUGUGUAUAUAUAUAUAUAUAUAUAUAUAUAUAUAUAUAUAUAUCAUGAUGGAUAUCGUGUUUUCAUUUAUCUAUAUGUAGAUAUCUAAACCGUAUUAUCCAUUAUUGCGCAAAAAAACGUGUGGAUUUACUUCACUUGCAGUGAUUCUAUUGAAAUGAAAUGAUGAGAUUGGAAGCUACACAUUAUAUUUGAGCCCACAAAGAUGUAUUAAUGUUUAAUGAAGUACACGCAGCAGCUUUAACCACUGGGUUAAAUAGUUUCCUCACCAGCGUGGAGACGGACGCUCGGGCUUCGUCCUCCGCUCCAGACUGGACGUCACCAGCGUGGAGCGCCGUCCUCUUUUCUACCGCUGUCCCAGAAAUUGUAAGAAAAACAAAGAGACUUUUCUACCGUCGGUGCAUGUUUUUACAAAUGAGAAGAAGAAAAAUAUCUCAUCAGCAUUUACUGUAAAAAAAAAACUAAAACAAUCCAGUGCCUUUUUAUAAAACCUCCAUCACGCCGUCACGUCUCGCUGUUACCCGUCACCAACUCUGAAGGAAGGUUUCAUCAUGUAAUACCGUUUUACAAAUCCAGCUGUUUGUCAACAAAGAAUGUCAAAGUCUUUUUAAAAAAAGUAACUCAACAUGUGAAAAUGUUUAGUUAUUUGUUUUAAAAUGAAAAUGCAAAGUCUGCUUUUUUAUGUUUUUGGUUUUUUUAUCAAUGAAUCCCACCAAAAAAAACACAGAAAACCCACAGUGUGUUUGGAAACACCAAACAUACAUGUCAAUUUAAUUAUUUGUUUUGUUCUUUUCAUUUGGAUUUGAUGAGAAGAAAAAAAAUAUAUAUACAUAUUUGGCAUCACGGUUUCUGGUUAAAAACCAACUUGUAGUUUUAGAAGUUGUUGCCUUUGGUUGAGUUAAAACCUGAGCUAAGUUAUCAAGUAAACAAACUGAAAAUCAAACUGUAAAGACUAUAAAUAUGAAUACAAAUCUAAACAGUAAUAACUUUAUUUUGGGGGUAAAUAUUUAUGGCGUUUUAGAUGAAAGAUAAAAAAUAAUAAGAGAAUUUGUAGGAAAGGAAAAACAUUUAAAUGCAAUAAGUGCAAAAUAUAACAUUUAUCUUGCUCAACACUGACAU